CUAUUCUUUCACUUCCGUAAAACGUCUUUUCGUUGUCGCAUGAAAGCCACGUGAGAGUAUCAUGGAUAAACCAGUAGUUUUGGCUCGUGUUAUUAAGGUCCUAGGCCGUACUGGCUCACAGGGUCAGUGUACACAAGUAAAAGUUGAGUUCCUGGGAGAACAAAACCGACAAAUUAUCAGAAAUGUAAAAGGACCGGUACGAGAAGGUGAUCUCCUAACCUUACUGGAAUCGGAACGUGAAGCUAGAAGACUUCGAUAGGAGAAUUUACCUCCAAUAUAUAAAAACCGUCAGGAGUAUCCGGAUUCCGGCAACACAAUUCAUUCCACCGACUGAAAUGGGAUCACACCAACUAUUCCAGUACCACAAAACUACACACGAUCCAAAACAUAUAUGUCAAUGAAGAUGCUGCGACUUCUGUAAUAAAUACUGGUUACUAUUUCACGAA